ACCCCUCGACCUAAGACACCCAUUCACUUCUCCAAGAGACGCUCCCACACAGACAGUCAGGGGUUUUGGUGCCCACCGCAGGGGGCCGCAGUGGACAGGGGGAGGUCACAUGUUGUUUAUAAAGCACAAAGUUCGACACAGACGUGCAGCCGUCACGUUCCCGUGAGGAUCUCCCGAGCCUUUGUCUCCCAGGAGCUCGGAACAAGAUGUCCGCGGCACCCGCCAGCAACGGGGUGUUUGUCGUCAUACCACCCAGCAACGCCAGCGGCCUCCGCCCACCACCAGCCGUUCUGCCCACCUCCAUGUGCCAGCCUCCCGGGAUCACACCGCUGGGGACACAGACUCCAAGGACCACCCAGCCGCCGGACUUGCGGCCUGCGGAGACCUUCCUGACGGGAGAGCCCAAAGCUUUAGGGACGGUCCAGAUCCUCAUCGGCCUCAUCCACCUGGGCUUCGGCAGCGUGCUGCUCAUGGUCCGCCGUGGCCGCGUGGGGAUGCUCUUCAUCGAAGGCGGCGUCCCCUUCUGGGGAGGAGCUUGCUUCAUCAUCUCUGGGUCCCUUUCGGUGGCAGCUGAGAAGAGCCACACCAGCUGCCUGGUGAGGAGCAGCCUGGGGACAAACAUUCUCAGUGCCAUGGCGGCCUUUGCCGGGACGGCCAUUCUGCUCAUGGAUUUUGGUGUCACGAACUGGGAUGUGGGCAGGGGUUACCUGGCUGUGCUUACCAUCUUCACCAUCCUGGAGUUCUUCAUCGCCAUCAUUGCCACCCACUUUGGGUGCCAAGCCACCCGCGCCCAAGCCAACGCGCCUGUGAUUUUCCUGCCAAACGCUUUCAGCACAGACUUCAACAUCCCCAGCCCCGCCGCCUCUCCGCCCCCCGCCUAUGACAAUGUGGCGUAUGUGCCCAAGGAGUCGUCCGAGUAGAUGGUCGCUCUGGCCUGUUGGUGUCCAGCCUUUCCCUUCCAGGCCCCGCCUCUCCCCACCCCCACCUCGUUAAUCUGGGGCAGACCCCCUCCCCGCUCCUCACAUACUGUGGCCCUCGAGUGACGUCUGUCCCCCGGGGACCUCUGUCCCACACAUGUCCCACGGUGAUUUCUUUCCGAAAAGUGCUGGUUGACGUCAAGGGUGUAUCCCUGGGCCCCACCCCCUUUCUGUGCUGCUCUGUAUUUCCCUCUGCUUUCCCGGGAAACCGGCCUCAUUGGGAGACAGGUUCAGGGGCUGCCCCGGCCCUCAGACCUGGGCACGGUUGUUAAGCUCAGAGAGCCCAGAAUCCUCCAGCGGGGAGUGAUGCGCCCAGCUCCCCCGCCCACAGAGCUGGCAGGGGCCUGACCUUGUGACUCAGGGCCCCAGGAGCGGCUCUGUCCGUGUAAUCUGCUGCCCCACGUCAUCAGGCCUGUUUCCUAAUGAAAUGAAAUUACUGAACCAGAUGGCACCUGCGGCCCCCCAGCUCCACUGGGCUCCCUGAAGGCCUGGUCUGAGCCAGGCACUGUCGCCCCACUGCUCCGGAAAUGCUUGUCCCCCUUCCCUGUAAAAGGGAGUCGGUACUGGCUCUGGCCACCCACCCCCGAGGGCUGGGACAUUGCUGGGGAAGGCUGGGGCCAGCCCACCGGACCCCGUCAUCAUCUGCAGGUGCACAGUGAUGGUGGCCCCUCCCCGGAAGGCUCGGGCCCUCCCUGUCCCCCCAACCUCCCUCCAGCCCAAAGGGCACCAUAAGCUGGGCUGCCUGGGGCUAAGGAGACCCCCCUCCCCCAGCUGGUACAGAGGCCCUGGAGCGGCUCAUCCCAUCCACACCACAAGGAAAUAAACAGCACGGCUUACACUUUG